AUGACCAAGCGGGUCGUCGUUGCAUCUGGCUACUUCAACCCGCUCCACUAUGGGCAUGUGUCGUAUUUGGAGAAGGCACGGGAUUUGGGAACCAGUUUGAUUGUCAUCGUGAACAAUGAUUUCCAAGCUGCGAAGCAUCGACCAGGCGGUAUGAAAUUGCCGGCCAGGGAACGGGUGAAACUGGUCCGAUCCCUGCAAUGCGUCGACGCUGCAGUGGAGGCCAUUGAUGACGAUGAGUCGGUGGCAGAGACCUUGAGAUUGCUACAUCCAGAUAUUUUUGCCAAUGGGGGUGGGACGAAGCCCACUGAGUUGGAAAUCAAGGUGUGUGCGCAGUUGGGUAUUCAGAUGGUGGAUGGACUUGGAAUUCAAUUGCUCUCGCUGACGCCGUACACGCAGCACUAUGAUUGGGGCAAGCCUCGCAAUGCGAGUAUUAUUGCAGCUCUCACCGGGCAGCAGUCACCCGAGCACGACCCACAGGACGAUAGCAAGCCCUUUGCUGAACUGUGGAUGGGUGACCAUCCGUCUGGGCCUGCUCGGGUAGAAAGCCCCAGCAAUGAAAAAGCAAUGAAGAAGAUUUGCAGGGCCGCGUCCUUGCAAGAAGUCAUGCAUCGAUCACCCUCGAUGCUGGGUCAACUCUCGGAGUCUAAGCAGCUCCCGUUCCUACUCAAGGUCUUGUCAAUCCACAAGGCCCUGUCCAUUCAAGCACAUCCUGAUAAGCAAAGAGCAGCCAAGCUCCACGCUGAGAAGCCAGAUAUCUAUAAAGAUGCCAACCACAAGCCUGAAAUUGCCAUUGCCUUGAGCGAUGACUUCCAAGCCUUGUGUGGCUUCAGGGCGGUGACUGAAAUCCUUGAGAUGCUGCAGCAUGUGCCGGAGCUUGCUACUCUCAUGGGAGGAGCCGUUCAGCAGUUAGAAGCCGCAGCAGGAGACGAAGAAAAGGAGUCCGAGGCCCGACUGCUCAGAAAAGACGGAUGA